UGUGGGACCGCCUUGAAUGUUGGCAUAGAAGCGCGCAGAGCAGUUGGCUCUUGCCAGGGCUCCAGGAAGGAUGCGCGAUCGGGGGUGUGCGCUUCUCGAGACUGUCACCGGUUUCCUGUGUGCCGGCCGCUCUACGGCCUACAACGCGGCACCAUAGCCUCGUUCAUUGAACAAAAGAAAUCAUUACUUGGAAGUACAUACAUAGAAAAGAUACGUAAAUAGAUAUUUGCAAAAAUCGAGAAAAAUCGUUUGCGAAAAAGUUGACGAGUCAUUUUGUAGAGUGGAAACGAGGUUACCGAGAAUCGGUGAUGUUCGUUACUUAUUAUUCUGUACUUAUUAUUUGUAAAGUUUAAGCUUGAAGUUGAAAGUUAAAUUUUCAAGGUUAGAGAAGCAACGUUAUCCUACUUACAUAUGUAGUUAGGCACGAGAGUAGUGCGUUCGGUAUUUUUACGACGCGCUUAGGUUAAGUGUCAUUCAGUGUACGAGUAGCAGCGCUGAACAAGUUUGAAAGUGAAAAGAUUAUUUACCGUAUAUUGAUUAUCGUUAAGAUUCCUUCACGAGUAUCGAACGAUUUUGAUUUUUAUGCAAGAUUAAUAAAUAAAUAUAUCAUUUGUUGCCACGAAGAAAGGGAGACGAAGCUCGCCAUUGCAAGUGGUGAAAUUGAACGCAUUCAGAGUGGGCUUUUUGAUGCAAUGAAAAUUCCGCGAAACUUGGGUCGAUCGUUACGUUGAUGUGUAAAAAAGAUUAACGAAUCUUGUGGUAGUGGUAGUAACAGUGGUAGUAGUGGUGGUGUUGUUGGUGUUGGUGGUGAUUUUUCACACUAGUAUCAUCGACGGAAUCGAAAAUAAUUUGGCAAAGGUUUGGUAAAUUGAAGAAAAUCUGGAAUAACCAGUGAAAAGUGUAAAGUUAGCCAGUUAUCGAAUGUUAUCGAAUCAGUGGAUCCUGAGCAUAUUGUUUACGUACAUAUACCCGUUGUCCGAAUGCAAGAAAUUUGAAAGAAUUUGAAGAAGGAAAAGCUACACUGGACGUGUUAGCAAGUUAUACAUAGGGCUGGUUACGACGUCACUUGAUGGCUCUUAUGAUUUUUGUACUUAAUGCAAAACCUAACCUCAACGCAAGCAGUACAGUAUACGUAUUAUAAAACAGAAGGUAGUACAAUUGAAAGGAGAUCGGUGAAAGGAGAAAGAGGAUAUAGAAAAUUAAUUUUAACGAUUAUUCGUUGAAACGAGUCGGCAUUUUGUACUUAACUUUGAUUUUCGAAAGAAGCACUGUGCCGGCAUUACCUAUUUAUCGACAGUGUACAGAAUUAAUCGUCAGUGGUGGAGAAUAAUCAGUGAUACCUUUUCCGAUAUUAAUCAUUUUUGGAUACUUGGGUAGUUGGAAAGAGAGCCGAGCCAUAUACCGGAACGGUUAUAAUUUUACAGACAUUGCAGAAUAUCGUAUCAAGGUAAAUACAUAAACAUUCCUCGAUGGAGAGUUCCGGUGGUGACAAACAGAACGAGUCGGACGACUGUGAUGUGACCGCCAAUAAUCAACAUAAGAGCAAGAUGACGGGUCAAGAAGACACCGAUGUAAAGAUAAAGAAAAACUUAGGGAAACAGGAGAUUUUAAAGAAUUUGAAAAAUCUAGAGAACAUUGGUCAAAACGACGAGGCUACGAAUAAAUUACCAAAGACGGUGUCUCAAGAUGACGAAGAGGAGGAGAAGGAUGAUGACGAUGACGACGACGACGACGACGACGACGAUGAUGAUGAUGAUGAGGAAGAGGAAGAGGAGGAGGAGGAAGAGUGCUGCAAAGGUUCUGACGAGGACGAACUGAAAGAGGAAAAAACCGACGGUAAAAAGGACGAAGAAUCUUCGAGUAGUACAACGUCAACCAGCGCAUCGGACGACGAAUCUGAAACAAGUUCAGAAGAUAAGACAGAGGCUUCGAAGACGGAGCAAAUUAAAACGGUUAGAACCGAAGAGGAAGAAACGGCGGAGAUGAAGAAGGAGAAGGAAAAGGAAAAGAAAAAGGAGGAUCAAACGACUAAAAAUGACGACACCACCGAUGACAGUGAUAUCGAAGAUGACUUGAUUUCCGCUAUUAAUUACAAUACUAUCACCUCGUUGGCUGCUCUUAAGGAUAUGCUGCAAUCCUCUGGCGAGGAUUCGGAUGGUGUUGAUAGUUUCUUUCAUCAUUAUUUUCUUUCGCACGUAAACAGGUUACCUUCCAGAAAUCAGACGCAUAGUCCUUAUCCUUGGGGCAGGAGACUGUCCGAGUGUAGAGAAGAGGAUGAAUACGAAACCGAGGAGGGGAAAAAUGUGGAAAGUUUGGCGAAUGCAAACGAAACUAAAAAAGAUACUUCAAAGACGGAGGAGUCGGAAGAGAAAAACGACAGUCUCUCCUCGAAAGCAUCUAGUCCAUCAGUUUCCGAGAAGUCGAGUUCGGAGAAGAUCGAUCAGAAAUCAAAUCUACCCAGUUUGAUUAGUUCCGAGUCAAAACCAAUCGCGACAUCUGCGGUGACUACGACGACAACAUCGAUGAUAACGACGACGACGAUGACGACAACGACAACGCCGACACCGACGCCGACGAUGACGACGACGACGACGACGACGAUGACGACCACGACCGCGACGGCGACCACGACGACGAUUAUGAGCACGACGACGACCGCGACGACGAUUUUAACGACUCCGACAACGAGUACGACGACCACUUCUAGAUUCACCACGUGCACGGUUACCUCGCCAACGUCAACGACGAAGCCUCCGUUAAGGAGGAGGCACACCACGGGUCCUGGCAUGACUUUUCCUGCCACGGAUCCCCCGAGUUACUCGACCAGCAUGACCUUCUCGAGAACCAGCCCUCUUCCUAGUCCGCAUCUCGAUAAAAGGUUCUUUGAUAGCAGUUUGAUUGAAAUGAAGAGUCAGGCUAGUAGCUCCAGUACUCUGGAUUACGAUUCCACCGAGGAAGUGUGGAUUCGUAGGGUGGAUUUCGUUCAGGAAAGGAAGAGAAAGGAACUUGGAUCACAACCGUUGCCAACAAUCGUCACCGAAGAUGCAGAUAAUUCGAAUCAUGCUUCUCAAGAUCAGGGUCACAGGCCUCGAGCAGGUACUUGGGGAUCCCAUUCGAGAAGUAUUAGGAAACCGACUUCAGGAAGUGCUCCUAGUUCUGGGAAAUCGACACCUCUUCCACAGCCAGCUGUUGAACCCUCGAGUUCGUCGAGUUCGAGCAAAGGUGGUAGAAAAGCUUCGGGAACACGAUCUGGAUCCACUAGCCGCAGUAAUAGCCGUAGUAAUAGCGCCGAACGUAGAAGAAGUGGAAGUACCGUCGAUGACACUGCUAGCCCUACCAAAAAACCAGCACUCUUCGAUGCCUUCAGGCCAAGAAGUAAAUCCGAUGCCAGCAAAAGAAAACCCAGUAUUAUAGCUAACAUGAAAAGUGCUGUACAGCAUUCGUUGCACAGAGGUUCUCAUGGAAGUUCGUCAACAGAUGUGCAUACAGAUAAAGACCAUCACAGGGAUAGCAAGGAUCAUAAGGAAGGUAGAGAGCAACCCGUAGGACGACCGCGAGCUGGUUCGGAAAGUAGCAGAAAUCCUGUGAGCAAAGUUAUGGAUCUCAUUAGGCAUAGAAGCCACAGCGCUCUUAGCUCGGAUGACAAACGAAAAGCGAGGACUGCAGCCCAACAUCAAGCACAAAUAGCAGCACAGGCUCCGGUGGAUACGUGCGAGUCAAGGGACGCAUACGAUUUGAAAAAUCGAAAAGAUAGCUUAAACGUUCCUCAGAAGAGAGGAGAUAGCUCGUCUAGCAAGAUGCACGGUAUAAACCAUCUAUUGUCACACCACGGAUCCCAUAAUGGCGACACAAGAACCGCCGUCUCCCAGGCUAAUCAGGAAGAGAAAAUUUCAUCCGCAGCGGAUACUACUAGACAACAGAAUACGAAGAUUUUACAAGAAUUAUUAAGCCAAAAACACAUACAGAAACGGAUAUCGCGUGGUUCAGUUAGCUCGACUUACUCUUACGGUUCUUCCACGUCUUACGGUUCCUCCCAUGGAUCUAGUUCUUCGAAUCAUAGUUCCUCCCUCUAUGGUGCAAACAAUCAUUCGGUGUAUCACACGAUCCACGGGAACAGUCAUUACACCCAUCAGACGAAUCAUCAUCAUCAUCACCCUCUUCAACACAUUCAUCAGAUGCACCAAACGAAUAGCGGCAGAGCGUCACCCACCUCACCUAGUCCUACCGGUGAUCAGGAGAAACAUCAUCAUCAACACCACCACCAUUACAGCAUUCAAGAGAUGAUAAGGCAUUUUGGGAGACGACUGGGUCAUAUAAGAAGACAAAGCGAAUGCCAGGAUCCACCCCGGAAGACAGAAGAAGAUUUUCGUAAUAGAAGUCAAAGUUUGGAUGGUGGUGCUAGACAUCCGAGUUUAAGAGAUGCCGAUUGCGAGACAACCUACAGAAUCUACGAAAGUAUACUCAGGCAAGGAGCUCUCAGAAGAAGUUCUUUGGAUCCUGGUGCAAGGAGAUUCUCUUUGGGUACACCUGCGAUCCCCCAUAGAGCUUCAGAUGCCUACUUAGAUCCUGUGCACGCUGCAAUCCUCUUCAGGGAUUCCAGAGGGUUACCAGUGGUAGACCCGUUCCUGGAGAAAGUUUCGCUCUCUGAUCUCGAGGAGGACGAAUCACAAAUUUUCGUCAAGUUCUUUAAAUUUCACAAAUGCUACGACCUAAUACCGACCAGUGCCAAACUAGUCGUGUUCGACACGCACCUCCUUGUCAAGAAGGCCUUCUUCGCCCUGGUUUACAAUGGUGUAAGAGCUGCACCUUUAUGGGACAGUGGAAGACAAGAAUUUAUUGGAAUGUUAACUAUAACGGACUUUAUAAAAAUCUUACAAAUGUACUAUACCAGCCCGUCUGUAACAAUGGAUGAAUUGGAAGAACACGAGUUAGAUACAUGGAGAAAAGUCUUAAAGGAUCAGGUUCAUCCAUUAGUGAGCAUUAGCCCAGAUGCAUCUUUGUACGAGGCCAUUAAAACAUUAAUUCAAAAUAGAAUUCAUCGUUUACCUGUGAUAGAUCCGGAUACUGGAAAUGUUCUCUAUAUUUUGACACACAAACGAAUUCUUAGGUUCCUCUUCCUUUAUAUACACGAGCUACCAAAACCAUCCUUCACUAAUAAAACAUUGAGGGAGUUAAGGAUAGGUACAUUCGAAAAUAUAGAAACGGCAACAGAAGAAACUAGCAUAAUUUUAGCACUAAAAAAAUUUGUUGAAAGGAGAGUUUCAGCAUUACCAAUUAUUGAUUCUGAUGGAAAGUUAGUUAACAUUUAUUCAAAGUUUGAUGUUAUCAACUUAGCAGCAGAAAAAACAUAUAACAAUUUAGAUGUUUCAUUACGCGAAGCAAAUGAACACCGUAAUGAAUGGUUCGAAGGAGUUCAAAGUUGUAAAUUAGAUGAAACCCUGUUUACCGUUAUGGAAAAGAUUGUUAGAGCAGAAGUUCAUAGGCUAGUAGUGGUCGAUGAUGAUGAUAAAGUGAUUGGUAUAAUUUCCCUAUCCGAUCUACUAUUCUACCUCGUUCUUAGGCCUUGCGGUGAAAAUGGCAGUAGCAAUAAAGAUAGUUCUAUUUCCUUAAGAGCACAGGAUUCAAUUGCGUCAAAGGCACCGAGUUCUCUGCAAUCCGAAGCUUCUAUCCCCGAUGGUGAAGCGGAAGUUACAGAACAAGAUACAGCUGAAGUAAACGAAUCUGAAGUAGUAAUCGAAACACCUAGUCCACCGCUAAGUCCCGCGACGUCAGAUAUUUCUGAGCCUCAGUCUGCUUUAGUAAAUCAAUCUCAAGAAUCUGCAUGGAGAGAAGUAACUGUAUCAGGAGGAGAAUGAGGGAAUGCUGUUCUAACGUGCUAUUAAGCACGCAUUUGUGAAUUACUAUAAUACGACUUUAACGUCACAAUUUUCAAUGCAAAAACAGCAAACAGUGAACGAAUAAGCAUAUUAUUUUUCGUCUGUUCUUAAUGCUUCUAUUCCCCUGCAGUUAAGAAUUUGCGAAAAAAAAGAAAGAAAAAACCAGAAAAAAAAGGAAAAGAAAUAAUUACUCUGUUGUGCUCGUUCGAUCAGUUUGUCAUAAGAACAACUGUUAUCAGAAAUAACUAAGUCACGCUGAGCGAGAAGACAGCAAACGGUUUACUGGACGCGCGACAACUAACGAUGAUGCGUCGCUGCAUACUGUAUAAAGUUGAUUAAGCUUAAUUUUUUAUGGUACAAACGGUAUUCAGCAUAGACGUUCGAGCUUCUUGCCAGGAACGAUUGCUACGCCAUUAUCUGCUCAGGGUAUAUCUCUACACCCUUUCUUCAAUCCUCUGUUGAAAAUCUUUCACAAUUUUUAGAAGAAACGAAUGCCUAUUUGUUUCAUCCUUUACAUUUACUAUACUCUUUGAAUGGAACCUUUGUAUUUUAUUUCAGAUAAAGAAAUUAUGAGGUAAUUUACUUUAUUUACAUUGAAACAGCUCGAAGGGAAGUAUCAACAGGACACGAAAGAAGCGUUUAUCGUAUAUCGAAAGAGUGCUCCAUAAUUAAUAAAUAUGGACCUCAUUUACAGAGGCCUUCCACGCUUUUUCCUGACAGAAACGGAAAGGCUACAGUUUUAAGCAGAUGUCUACAUAUGUAUAUCUCGUGUGCUUAUCCUAAACAAAAACAACAACAAAAAAGAAAAAAAAAAGAAAAAAGAAUAGUUUCUUGUUCGUGAACUAUCACGUUAGAGAUUUCAAUAUUCGAAACUGACGCGCAUAAUAAAUAAUUCUGUUUUAAACAAUUGCACAGCAUGUGAUACAUUUUACAAGAAAGAACAGAAAAGAAAAGAAAGAAAAAAAAAUACGGUGCUUUUGAUUUUGCAAAUUAAUAACCGAUUCUGAUAUAUAGCUACUAAACGGUAAUAGUACGCAUAUAAUAACUAAUGAACAGGAAAAAAACGAAAUAAUAAUUAGAAUAUUUGAAAUUGAUUGUGUUGUCGUGCAAGUUAAAUGAUUCAUCUGCAACCAGGACAUUUCUGUACAGGAAAGUAAUAAUUAAAUGAAUCCCAAUUCAAGAUCUAUCCUUAAAUUUUAACAUUAUUGCUCUAUGUAUUUUUAAAUUAUUUAAAACGAAAAAGUAUAUUGUUCAAUAUUAAAAGGCCUACAAAACAUGAAAAAAGGAAACAAUUUUACCUUGAACAUACGCUGCCGCCAAUUCUUUUUAAUCGGCACUUUUCAAAACGAAUCUACUAUGGCAUGUUCUUCAAAUUAUUUACAAUCAAAUUUAAUUCCGAACAUGUUUUAUUUUACAUUUAUUUUAGAUUUUUAUAGAUAUAACUUUAUUUAAUGUCGCUUCUUUGAGUACCUUUAUCAUGUUUGUAUAUGCUUUUUACAGUGAGGUUUUUAUAAAUUAACUACGUUACGUUGAUAAAGUUUCCUUUGGAAUAGAGAAAAAUGAAAAAGCAAAGCUUUUAUAUGAUCUGUGACCACAUUUUGUAUAAUAUUAUGUAAUCGUUAAGGAGGAUGUAACUAACAGCACGUAAGAUGCGAAUGAAACGUUUUCUAAUUAUAUUUUAUAUUGUUACUAAUUGUUGUAUGUAAAGAAUGGUUAAUCAAAAAAAAAAAAAAAAAAAUACCAAAAAAAAAACGAGGAGGAAAAUGGUUAAUUUAAAAAACCACGCAAAUUAUUUCUUAUUAAUUAUUUAUCAUACUGAUUUUAAUUUUCUGUUAUGUUUGUAUAAAAAUCAUACAUAAACAGUAAAAUCACUGAUAAAUUUUAAUGAAUUUUAUUUGAGAACUAUGUACGUGAAACGUGAACUCCACUCAACGUUGUAUAACAGUGUUUCAAUAACGAAAAAUUAUAAGAGUGGCAGAAAGCAUUCCUGUACAAACACGAUCAAUUAAAACUGUUUCUUCUCGAAAGAGACUUUGUUUUACGCUUAACUGCACGAAAGAGAUGGAAUUAUAAAUUCUGCAUGUUACAUCUAUAUGUGGAAAUUUGUACAUAAAUGGCCUCUGUGCCAAGGAAACGUACUUUCCUUUUUGGCACAAAGUUCCAUUUUAUCUGUAGAAAUGUGGGUAAAACACUUAAUUCUUGAAGGGGACAGUGCCUGUAAUUUAGUAAAUUUAUUCCUAGGUACGUUUAUGAGAAUAAGAAUAAAUAUUCCAUUUCAGAUAAAAAGAAAAAAAAAUAAAUAAAAACACGAGCGCAGUCAGGAUAAAGCAAAUUUAUGUUAGUAUUAAUUAACAAGAGGCGUAGUGGACAAUGAUUUUUGUACAGCUGAUAAAAUAAUAGCCGAAUAAGAGUUUAGUGUGCUGUAGCUGCGAACAUUUAUUUCCUUUUAGUACAAAAUACGUGUUUCAACUUUACAAGUUGUCACGUUCACUUUUUCUAGUUUUUAGAUAUAAAAAAAUUACAGUAGCCUAUAUCAUCCUGUGCAGCGCGUCCAAUUUCAAUAUCGUCACAAUUGUAUCGACAGCACAACACAAAAAUAACAAAAAUCUUAAUAUUAAAGAAAACAUCCUGUUGAUAGUUGAGAAACCAUUGAAAUUGAUACGCGCUGUAUUUUGUGAACCAAAACAAUAUAUAGAACAAGGUAUUAAGAAUAAAUUGUACAAUAACCAA